CACGAAUGCAAGUUACAUACAAAAUGGCUGUUGUCUGUUUCACGCAAGGAACGUGUGUGAUGGAACAGAGCGACAACAACAUGUGAUUUAACACAGAAACGACUCGUUUAUCCCCUACACCGGGAUUUGGUCCACUCAUUUCGUCGUUAUGAGUCGGCCUGAUUUGUUUUUGCUGGUGACAUGCCUUUUCCUUGUUUAUGCCGGUGUAAAAUGCAGUCAUUCCGCAAUGACGCCCGAAGAGAAACACACAAUGAGGUAUGUUUGUUUGUCGGGGUUUUAGACAUGUUAUUUGCCCUAUAAUUACAUUUAUCAUUUCUUUUCAAAGGGAGAAAGUCUUGGAGAUGUUUCACCAUGCCUACAACUCAUACAUGGUCAGUAAAUUGUUAAAAGAAGUCAACGAUUUGCUCAUAAACAGGAGUUACGUAAAUGUUCUAUUUUAACGUUUAUUGAUAGAUAUGGUUCAAAGGACGUAAACACGCUUAAAUUUAAUGAGGUUUCAUGGGGCAAGGAAAGUGGAAUCAUAAAAAAUAGUAAUAGCGUGAUAGUUUUCAUGAGGUUAAUAAGUCGUGUACUUACAAGUGCUGAAGAAACUCAAUUGUCUGUUUAUAGGCUAACGCGUAAAAAUGUAAGCUUAUGACUUGAGCUUUCACGUAGAGUGAAGGUCAGCAAUAGGGGAUAUAUAACAAAACAUUGUGUCGCGUUGUCUUUGAAAAGCUUACAUGGAGCCAAUAGUGUAAAAGAUAUAAACCUGACAGAGAAAUAUGAUCAGAUUUUUUUUGUUUGGAGUGAACAUGCAUAUCAUGUGUUUUAACUGUUAAUGAAUUAUGUGUAAGCAUUCAGAGUUAACAAGUGUUUUAUAUAUAGUCUAUACAGAGAGUCAAGGGUAUUCAAGGGCUCUCACAUUUUCCUAUAAUGAUUAUUAUUUUUCGUGAUGAAUGUUUUUUUUGGCCAAAGGGAGUGUCGUAAGCAAUGCCUAUUCAUACAUUUACUCAUUAUAAUAUUACCCAAGAACCAGCUGUUUUGUGUGUACCUAUGUCACAUAGCAGACACUCUGACUCAUCAUUACACCAGUUCAAUGUGGCUCACUCUUGAAUUUGUUCGGCACCAGUUAGCUAAGUUUAUGAUAUGCAUAAUUUUGCAAGAUUGGAGGGGAAACAUUAAAAGCUUGAAGCUUGCUAAUUUGAGUAGAGAAACCAACAGUAUCAACAAGAUUCAAAAGAAUCUUUCUUUAUUUACUUCAGUUUAGGAGAAGAAGUAGUUUGACAUCUGAGCAAAGUAGCUAACACUUUUUGUCUGUCAUCAGUGCUCAUCAUCACAGCUUAUUGUGCAGAUUUACCUGCAAUGGUACAUCCUACCAUUUCUAACCACCUGAAAUGCCAAGAUUUGGUAGUUGUUGAGGGAGAGAGGUUCAAAGUAGAGUGCAUUAACUGGCAGUGCCAGAAUGUGUUUUUUAACAUGUAGAUAGGUAGUCACUUACGAGAGCUGGUCAAAGAGGGAAGUUUGACAAAGGGUGCAUGGUGCAUGGUGUUACUCUUAAUGUAAUGUCAAAUUUUCCUUUUGUUUUCAUGAGCAAUUUAAUACAAGCAGGGCUAUCAAUAAGGGCCAUGCAGUAGCCGGCCAAAACUGCUGACUAGUUAGCCAUUCUUAGCCGGCUACUUUCAUCCCCUUCUAAACUAACUGCUAACAAAAAAUAAGCACCAUCGAAUAAAAUUGUAAAGCAUCCAUUUCCCAGUUUUGAAUGACACAUAAACAGGUUUAGAUCUGUGAAAUGUUCAAACCGUGCGAUGUAUUGGAAUGCCUGUGACAUUUAGACAGCUUUGUUCCCAGUAUAGGUCGUGCAUGUAUUCUGAUGAAACAACAUGGCAUCCGUGGUGGAAACUACCUCAUGAAAACCCCUGGAGAUGCCAUUUCUGAGACUCUAAUUUUCAAGAUGUCCCUAGAUGCCUCAGCCCUUAGGAACUUGUGCCUUUGGUGCGAGUUCCAAAGCUGCCUACUAUUCAUUAUCAGCCUGCUACUUAAAAACAUUUUGACAGCCUUGACAAGACAAUCUAGCAACUUUUUCCAUUUGUUACUUUAAAUCACCUUCUACAGCUGUAUAUUUAUGGAGGCAUUUUAAGCACAAUCAUUCAAAGAUCCACUCUUUGUAAUUUUCAGUUAGGACCCAGUUCACUUGUAUCAAUAACUUAAAUUAAGGAAUGAUAGUUUGCUACUGCAGUGCAUGAUUGAAAAAUUGAGUGAAAUUUCCAUACAGCUAUCAUACAUAACCUAGACAUGCAUUACGCUUUAAUUCUCCCUUCUAGCCAAACAGUGAAAAUGAAUACAUGUAAUCCAGAGUUUCAGUUAGAAGCUGUAGAUUCUUCUAAUUCCUUCUGUAUGGAUAAGGCAAUGUACAAAUGUACAAUCAAAUCUAUAACAAAAUGGCCAUUACACUGUAUAUGAUUAUGGCCUGUGGAUGUAACAGGAGGUGUCUUGAAUUCCUGUAAUGGACUCUUGUUGCUAUGUGAUGAUUGUUUGAUCAGUUGCACGAAAGGUACAUGCAGACUGUGACAAUUUUGUGUCCACUUUGAUUUUGUUUUCUCAUCAUUUGAAAAUAUUCCAUAAUUGAAUUAUUUUCAGUUAUGGUCUGUAGCUUCUUUGAAAUAUUUACAUUAGGUCUGUACAGAUUAUGUACAUCCAAGCUUCUUCAAAGCAUUUUUGAAAUUGUGAUGAUAACAAUAUCAUUUUUUCAAAAUUUACACUAUUGCUGCAUGUAGCAGUACACUGUCAGUGAUGUCUUGUUCAGUUAAUUAACGUUUAAGUAUCAGUAGUUUUUACAAUCUGCUUAGUUAUAUUUCUUGAGAAGUCCUUAACGUUGCUCUAUGUUUAAGAAAAUCAUUAGCAAUGUGUGAGGGUGUAGGGCUGGCUAUACAGCUGUAGGUGAAUAGAAAAUCUUGCACCUGACAAACAAAGUGGGGUGAUCAUUGUAGAAGAAAUUCAGUCCAGGGUAACCUGAGAUCAGGCCCAAUUUUAGCAGUUCUCAUACAUUCUCUCUAACGGCUACCGCUAAAAUCGGGCCUGAUAUUCGUUUCACCUUGCCUGCCGGAAUGUAAUUUUCAAAGCAAAACGAAAAUAGAGCCUGAUCUCAGGUUAAGUCUAACGUUGUGGCAGUACUGAUUGAGUACAUGUUGUACAACAAGGUCCACACAAAUGGCCAUAGGGUAAGGUUUUCUAUAUUGUUCUCUUACUAGACUCUUAAGCUACAAAACUGAGUCCUCAAUGUCGGAAAGAAAAAUGAGUAUGACAGAAGAUAUCUCAGCUUCUGCCUUUUUUAUUUUGAGUUUACCAGGUAUUAGACAAAUGUUGCCUGAUUUCCGAAUUUUAUUACACUGAUUUCAUAAAAUGAUUUUAGGUCGUGCCACAGGAAGGUUUAAUAUUACUAUCCUGGCCACUGUGUGUUGCAAUGAUAAUGUAGUUUUCAUUUUGCCUGACAGGACCAUGCAUAUCCAGCUGACGAGCUCAUGCCUCUCAGUUGUAAAGGCCGUGUGAGAGGUGUAGACCCAAGUCGGGGUGAUGUAGAUGAUGCUCUUGGAAAGUAAGUCAGUGCCUCACAGCCAUAUACUUAAGCUUUUAUUUCACUAAUAAAUUGAAUUUUAUUUUGUCGUUUUAAGGUACAUGUAACUUGUAUUAUUUAGCCUGCAAAGGUGACCAUCAUUAUCGAAUCUUACAUUGUACAUUUUACAAUAAUUGUGAGAUUUUAGAAUAACACUAAAUUUACUGUGAUGUAUGGACACCAUAAGGGAAAAUCCAUUCUUCAGAUCAAACCUGUUAGGAUUAGCUUUCAAGGGUCAUACAUGUAAGACAUAGAGUGUGCGGGUGUUUUUUCAGUGGAGCUUUUCUGUUUGUUACGCUGUUCUGAUGAACCACAAUAGUAGAAGAUGAAGAUGAUUUUUGCUUCUAAUAAUAAUAAUAAUAAUUUAUUUAUUUAACUAUAGUUGGUAUGAUAUCUGUAAAGAUUUUACCAAUGAAGUAAAUGUAGUUUUUCUGUGUAGGUGUAAUAAUGACGAAACAGCUCCAUAACUGCAUUACAACAACAACAACAACAACAACAAAUUUUAUUGAAAAUUGGAAAAUAACUAAUUACAUUACUUUCCCACCCGCAAAUAGCUUAUGAACUAAUCGAGGCGGGGGGAGCUGAAGACAUAUUACAAAACAAGAAUUAUAUAUAGAUGGACUAAAUAACAGUGAAGACACUACAAUACAGUAAAUAGAGUUUAAACUAACAUAAAACAAAAAACAAAAAACAAGGCAUGUACAUAACGAUUACGAAGAGAGGUUAACUAAAGUAUUAAAUAACUUAAUAAGACGGGAGACUUUGACAUAAUCAUCUUCUGACCGCAAAAAAUUUAGUAAUAAUUCCUUUAUUUUUUUUACGAAAGGACUAACGUUUAAGUAUUUUAAUCGAAUACGGAAUAGAGUUCCAAAUUUGGGCACCGAUUCUCGUGAAAAAAGGCAUACAUUUUAUCGGUUCUAGAGAACUUAACAUAAAACGAAGUCGCUAGAGACAGAUCUUGUUCUGUAGUUAUGAAUCUGACUUGUUUUAAUGAACUGAUUGAGAAUACUAACUGGUGCUGUCUGUCUGUUGAUAUCAUACAAUAAAUAGCUACAAUCCCUGAAAAAUAUGCUAGGCAGGGGAAGGCAAUUUGAUUUGAGAAAGAAGGGUGCGGCGUGUUCCUUAGACUUACUGAAGUAAAUGAGGCGUAAGGCCCGUUUUUGUAGAGUUACGAUCUUUUCGUUGAAAUGUCAAGGCACAAUUUCCCCAACCACAAAUACCAUAAGUCAAGUAAGGGACAAUUAAUGAGUUGUAAACUGAAAGUAAAAAACACGACGCGGGACAUAAUGUCGAAUUUUAGCUAUAAUUCCUAUCGACUUGCUGAUUUUGUGACAGACAGAUUCGAUGUGGUAUUUCCAUGAAAGAUUUGAAUCAAUCAUUAAGCCAAGGUAUUUUACAUAAUCUUUUAUUUCAAGGUUUUGCGAGGUGUUAGUCACGGAGUCAAAAAAUUCUAAUCCUAGGUAUGAAGGGCAUAUUCUUUUGCGGGGACGAAAGAUUACAAAAUUUGAUUUUUUUAUGUUCAAGGACAGUUUGUUGGCCUUUAGCCAUUCGUUGACGUUGCCAAGCUCGCGAUUAACAAGUGUUUCGAGUUCCUUUAGGUUGUUAUUUGCAAGUAUUAUACUAGUAUCGUCAGCAAAUAGAUAAAAGGCAAAUAACGAAGAGGACUUGUAUAUAUCAUUGAUGUACAGUAGGAAUAAGAGUGGUCCGAGGACUGAGCCUUGUGGCACGCUGCACAAGGUCGUUUCAGCCUCAGACACAACAUUAUUAACUUCCGUAGUUUGCUUCCGAUCAGUCAGGUAUGAUCUGAACCAGGAGUUUAUUACACCUCUAAUACCAUAAUUUUCAAGUUUAGCUAACAAAAUUUCAUGGUUAACAGUAUCAAAAGCCUUUUUGAGAUCGAUGAAAACACCGCACGAAAAUUUACCGUUGUCCAUGUUUUGGAGAAUUGUGUUAACAAUAUCAAGUACAGCAUGCUGAGUACUGUGCUUACUGCGAAAACCGUAUUGCUGAUCAUAGAGAAUGUUGCAAUCUUUGACAAACUUGGUAACUCUGGAGUACAUAAGUUUUUCAAAAAUCCUGUUAUAAAUCGAGAGCAGAGAAAUAGGUCGGUAGUUUUCGGGCAGCGUGUCAUUUUUGUCCUUAAAUAUCGGGAUAAUCUUAGCACACUUUAGUUUAGAUGGAAAAAUCCCUGAGCAAAUAGACUGAUUAAAAACCGUAGCUAGAGGUACGGAUAUGACCCUUUUUGCUAAUUUCAGCAGCCUAACUGGAGAUGAGUAGAGACCAUGGGCCUUGUUGUCUUGCAAAACUGAAAUUUCUAAAUUGAUAUCUUCCAGAAUAAUAGGAUCAAAGAAGAAAGUGCGAUUAAGUGGCGGAUCUAAAUAAUCAUAGAAUGUAUUUAUGGUCUGAGGAAUUUUAGAAGCCAGUUUGCUCCCAACAGUGGCGAAAUAUUUGUUAAGAAUAUUGCUUAUUUCCUUCGGGUCACUAGUUGGAACCUCAUUCGGGUUUGAGCGAAUAGAGUUAGUUGAGUUGCGCUUGUUUUUCUUUUUACAGUUUCCAAUUAGCUCGUUAAUUCCUUUCCAAGUUUGACGCAUAUUACAUAUGUUGAGAUCAAAGAAACUUUGGUAGUAGUUCGCUUUACUUAAUCUCGUAAGAUAAAUGAUUUUAUUUCUGUAAAAUUUGUAUUUGUCACGGUCUGAGGUAUAGAAGAAGUUAUUCUUUACCCUGAUUGAUUUUCUUAAACCCCGUCAGCCAUGGUUUAGCAAGGAAUUUUUGUUUACGAUUGGAUAUACUUCUUAAAGGGCGUGUUUGUUAAUUGUCUUGUUGACGCAUUUGUAAAACCUGGAAAACGAUUGAUUGACAUCGAUAUGUUUGCAAAUAUUAUUCAAUUAAUAUUCUGCAAGUCGUCAAUGAAAGACUUUGCAUUGAAGGUAGAAUAGUCACGAACCUUAGUUUUGUUGUUUGGAAAGAAUGGUUUACAGUGCGACGAUAAUAUGCACAUCUGAGAGAAGUGAUCUGUUGUAUCGGACACGAUAUUGCCGCUGACUAUAUUAUUCUCAGGAUUAUUUAUGAAAAUAUUGUCAAUUAAAGUUGCUGAAUUACCAUAGACUCUAGUCGGCUUAUCAACCACUGGGAACAUUGAAAAACUUUGCAUUGUUUGGAGCAAGGUUUGUGUGUAACUACAAGUUUCAUAUUUUAACAGAUCUAUGUUGAAGUCUCGCAUGAGAUAAACAUUUUGAUUUUGACGGCAUUGGCGUUCAAGAAAAUCUGUCAAGUAUUCUAGAAACUCAUUAGCGUUAUUGUGUUGCCUAUAAGUAACACCACAUACAGAUUUCUUAUUGUUAGGCAGAUGAAGUUCAAUCCAUAGGGCUUGAUAGCAAGAAUUGGAGACUCGUUCAAGGACGCGGUAUUUACAAUUUUGAUCAAUGAACAGGCCAACACCACCGGCAGAUAAAGGUGUUGGGACCGAUUCAAAACAGUAUCCUGGUAAUUCUGGUACAAAAUUAAAACUACAUUCACGAUCGCAUAUACGAGUUUCUGUAACACCAAUAAUAGUAAACGGAAAUUCAUUUCACUUAAAACAUGAUGUUGAAAUUCUUCAAAAUUUUUCUUUAAGCUACGUAUAUUUGUAUGUAAAAGGAGAUUUUUGAUUGCAACUGUUUGCUGUCAACAAACUACAAUAAAGCUGUGUGGGGAAUAAUAUUUUGAGCGUAUUUUGUUUGAGGUGAGAUUUAUAUCAGGAUCAAUAUGUUUAUCAAGAGAGUUUAGCUGGAAUACACUAAGGUCGUAGAGACUACUGAGAGAAUCUAGCAAUUUUCUAGAAGGUCGAUUAUCAUCAAUUAAACUAUUAAACUGUGGGUGGGCAGAAGUGAUUAUUGUGUCUGUCUUUUUUUUCUAGAUUUUCCUUGACUUUAAUUGACACACUAGACACAUUAGCGGUAAGUCCUGUUGUCAGCCUGUGAUUCAUCUUGAGUUUUUUUUACUUUGAUUGUCUAUCCUUGCUUUGUACUCAGCAAUUAUUGAAUUAAUUAUUUAAUUCGAUUAUUUGUAGGUUCUUGGUGAAAUCGAGGAGUUUGAAAAGGCAGUGAGACUUGUUAUCAAGGAUGUUUCAUUUGACAAUGAUGUGGUUGUUUCUGUCUUUGAAACCAACAUAAGAGUGUUAGGGUAAGAUAGACUUAUAUUUAGCUCAAAAUCGCCUAGGCAAUUGCCUGUGACCUUCAAUAUUGUUUUAUUUGUUAGAACAGUCAUUUCACAAAGAGAUGCUCUAGACCAGUUCAAUAAUACUGUAUUAUUGUAGUUCUCCAGGUGUGUGAGGGUACUAGGCCAAAAACUGCCUGAAACCUGUACCCUUCAGUCAGUCGGUUAUGCUUGUGGAAUGUACAGUCAACUUUCUCUUAUUGGACACCUUCAAUAGUACAGACAUCUCUCUACAAUGGACACAGUGUCUGCAAUCCCAAAGGUGUCCAUCUUAGAGAGAUCUAGCAUGUACUACAUGUAGUCAUACAUGCAUACCAACUGUCCCGGAUUAGUCACCAAUCUCACGGUCUCCUGUACAGGUCACCAAAUCUCCCAGAUAAUAUUCAGUUAUGAGCUUUUCUGUGCUUUAAUUUAGAAGUUAUUCCAUUUUCUCCGAAAAUUUGAAUUUUCUCUGAUUCAUAGUUCAGUUUCUGGGGCAUUUUUGCACAUAUUUCAUCAAUAUUUCACAAAUUAUUUCGCCAUUGCAGUUAUAAGAGCGAUUUGUGAUGGUCUGUACCUCAUGUAAGACUUCAUACAAUAAAUGCCAAAGAGAGAGUUUCCAGAUUUUAGAUUUCCAGAGGUUGGCAUCUCUGUGUAGUAUAGACUUAUGACAGAUAAUUUAUGCAUUUCUGGCUCUCAUAGCUGAUACAUUUUACUCUUGUUAUUAUGUCUGCUACAUGUAUCACAAAAAUUGGCCACACCCUUGCACUGGAGAUUGUGUAUCCAGGGUGCAUUGAUUAUUACAUGUACUAACAUUCUGCAAAACAAGGCUUUCAUACAGUUAUUUGUGGUGAGACACGCAUUUUUGGCUCAGUGAAAAAGCUUUUGCGUUCCUUUUUUAAAAGAAAAAGAUAAAGAUCCCUUAUCUGCAGGGUAUGUAAAGUCAUGCAGAUGUAUGUGUUUCUUUUUUUUUUUUAGAGGCCUUCUUGGUGGGCAUUUUGCUGCACUAUCGUUGAAGAACACUGGAAAAGGCAUGUCAUGGUAUAACAAUGAAUUGGUUGCCAUGGCAAAGGAGAUUGGAUAUCGUCUGCUCCCAGCCUUUAAUACCACCACUGGAAUCCCUUACCCCAGGGUUAGUUUUUCACUGUUAUUUUAUGCAUUUUAAAAAACUUAUUACAGUUCAGAUGUCAUGGCUUUAUUUUGUGCUAUUCAAUGUUGCAAGUACAUUUUGCUAUUAGUAAUACACCACAAUAUAGAUUGACUUUUUUGUGCUUCAACAGGGUUUCCCAUUUGGGGAACAUAUCUGGGAUUUUGACUCUGUAUGUACCCAGAACUGUCUAACGCUAUAGCUCUAGGUUGUAUGUCGUUUUUUAUUUCAAUGAGUAAUCUUUUAAAGAUAAAUUAGUCAAUUUGACAAAAUAAUGUUAUUGCCUUUUGAAGGAUGUUGAAACCUCUUUAACUUGGCUAUUUUUGGAAGUGAGGAGUUUCAAUUUCUUAUCUUAUCUUGAUCAUUAGGUUAACCUGAAGUAUGGAAUUCACCAUCCGUCAUCAAAUACUGGUAGUGAGUCUGACACAUGCACAGCUUGUGCUGGCACAAUGAUUAUGGAGUUUGGUGCUUUAUCCAGAGUCACUGGAGAUCCAAUAUUUGAGGUACACACUUUUGUGUUUGAUCACUGGUAUUAAUUUCUUAAUUUUUUCUCUUGAAAGGAAAGGUAUGCACUCUUGCUACUCAUGGUGGCCUCAGGUUAAUGUUUUUGUUAAUGUUGUAUACCUGGAAGCAGCGUGGCAGAGCGGUUAGGGCCUAGACUUGUAAUGCGGAGGGGGUCCAAGUUUAAUUCCUGCCCUAAUCGCCAGCUGGAUUUGUUCUCAGUAGUUCUGAGUUCGAAUCCUUGGCCACGCUUGUAAAAUAGCCAACUGUUUUGUCUCUUACCAGUUGGGAUCCUUAACUUUGUUAUUAUCAAUUUCAAUUGUUUGUUUCAUUAUCACUGAAAAUCCCCACAAGUGGAGAGGAUUUAUAAUGAAGUAUUUAUUUUAUUAUUUAUUUUUUUUCAUCUUAUACUUGCCAACAUUUGUGAAAUCAUAGGCAUGACAUUUAUUCUAAGUGUGACAGGAUUUUUCUCAGGGAACCAAUAAUAUCUGAAGCAAAGAUUUCUGAUAUCUAUCCAAAGAGUUUUUAAGUGCUCAAGAAAAUAAUGAUUAAUGAUUUUUUCCUCUGUGGACUUUAGGAAAGCGUGAUCAUUCUUGGACUCUUCUUUUCUUGCUUGGGUUCAAGUCUAUUUUUCUUCUUGAAUGUCUCAAAAAUGUGCCUAUAGAUAUUAAGGCUGUACAUGUAAUAGCUGAAACUUUUCCAGUUGGGAGAAAUUGGUCUGGUACAAGUAACUGAACUGAACUGAACUGCCUCCUGAAAUAAUGUACAUGUUAUAUUAUGAAAUAACUGAAAUAAUAAUUUUAUUUGGUUCAUCAGGAGAAGGCCCAGAAAGCUAUGGAGUCAAUCUGGAUCUAUCGCAGCCGUUACAGUGAUUUGGUUGGAACAGUUAUUAACAUUCAUAAUGGAGACUGGGUUCGCAGAGGUAAAUAAUGAAUGAAAAUGAAGUAAAAUGCAUUUAAAUCCAACAUAACUCACAAACUUGACAUACAUUGUACAACAACUGUACUUUAUCAGUUAACUUAUUCAUUCCUGCAAAGUCUGUCUCAUUCUGCCUCAAUUUUAUGGUAUUGUAUGGAAUAUAGGUGUGUUGAAAGUUUCUUUGGACCCCAUCUGUCACCAGCUGCCCCGAUUUAUUAUAGUUGACUUUAUUGGUCCUUCACUUACAUCAAACCAUGACGUCACUAAUCUUCUUAAAGUACAAGUAUAAAUGCCCUGAGCUCAUUCAUCAUCAUUGAUAAUUAUUUUCCAAAAGGUCAUUUUACUUCAUUCUUGUCCUUCAACAGACAGUAGUGUUGGUGCUGGUAUUGAUUCAUACUAUGAGUACUGUUUGAAAGCCUACAUUCUGUUUGGAGAUGAAACUUACUUGGAAAGGUUCAACAGGGUAUGGAGUCAUCUUUUUCUUUUCACUUUAAGAUAGUAACAAGACUCAGUUAGCAAUCAUGGUAACAAAAGUCAUUUUUAUAAGUGAGAAUCCAGUCUUGCUGAUUCUCAAAUGGAGACUGUCAACUUACUUUUGAGUGAUACUUAAGCUAGAAAUUAUUGAUUGAAAAGUUAUUUUAUUAACUAGAGUUGUAUUGACAGUGAGCCUUACCCAUUUUGCUAGUCAUCUAUGCCUCUUAAAUUGUCUUUUUGUAAUUUAAAUGGACCUUCAUCUCAAGGAACUAUAGGAUUACACAAGUAUUGCAUUGUAAAAUAAUAAAAAUAUAUUUUCCUUUUCAUUUGGUUUGACACUUUCAAACAGCACUACAAGUCAAUAAUGCAGUACAUGAAUCAGGGCCCAAUGUUCUUAAGUGUUCAGAUGCAUCAGCCAGAUAGAACAGCUCAUGCUUAUAUGGAUGCAUUGCAAGCUUUCUGGCCAGGGCUUCAGGUAAGAUUUUGCGUUGUGUUCUUUAUGCCUUGAUUUUGUCUUUAAACUACAUGUAAAGACAGUAGUGGUAUGUAAGGGGAAAGAGGGCUUUAGCUAUAGUAUUUCCUUUUUUUAAUUCUAUUAGCCCAGCAAAGUGCAACAAGACAGAACAGGCAAAAAAAGUGUUAAGGGCAAAAGGAAAGUUUGCAAAAACAGCAAAUAUAGGAUAAGAUCAAAACUAUGAAGAACUACAGUAAUUCUUAAACAAAUUUGACCACUUCAAGUUCUCCUAUUUUUGCUUUUUACACCAGUGUCAUGCAUGUUGCAAACACCUUAUAGUGUGAGUGUCCAUGUAGACAUUUAUGUCUAUUAAAACUUUGUCACUUACAAGGCUGUGCUCUAAGAAAAAUUGAACGGAGCCCAGUGCUUGCAGUGUGCACAUUGCUCUGAAUCUGUAAAAUCCAGGGUGCCCAGUGCAACAUUUUCUAGUCAUACAGAAGCAAAUUUAAGUUAGGCACCAGGGGUGACCUGGUGCUGUUAGAGCAAAACCAGUUAAGUGGUGUUUCCUAAUUGAACAGUAUCUGCAUUUGUUAUUAAGCACAAUACCCGUCACAACUCUGGGGGUGGGGCUGAAAAGAGACUUGUAGGCCUAUUGAUUUUUGGAUGCCUCAUAGUGGGGGCUUAUUAGGGACCAGGGACUGAAAAGUAUAGAGGAAUAAAAUAUAAUAAUAACUAUAUCUCCAUGUUCAAUUUUGUAGGUGCUGAAAGGUGACCUGAAAAAAGCAAUCGAAACUCACCAAAUGCUUUACGAAGUUUCCAAGAAACACACCUUUCUACCUGAGGUAAAACUGUCUGUUAAUUUUUUAAAUAAUUUAUUUGGUAAGGAUUCUCAAAGGAGUUUAAUUUUUGUGCAUCAUUGUCAUGACUGGAGACAGAGAGAUAAAGUACAACACUAGUUUCAUUUUUGUUGCAAUAUAUACUGUAUGAUAUGAUACAUAUAUGGGCUAAGAAGCAAAAUACUAUUGUGCUGUUUUUGCUUGUUUCUGCAGUGUUCUAUUUUGGGCUUAUCACUGGUUUGUCAAAAUAGUUAUACAGUUGAAUAGACAUUGUACAUUUUUGUAAAUUGGCCCUUGCUCACUUACAGGUAGAUAGUAUCACAUGUAUGAUCUGUGCUUGUAGUAUUAUGCAUCAAUGACCAAGCUCGAGGUCAAUUUGGCUAGAGACAUGUAUUGGCCAAGUUUUUUUUUCCAUUUUUAUCCACAAACAACAACAAAGCUAAGGUUCAGGCAUCUUGACCAAACAUUUAUUAUAUGGCCAAGAGAACUUUCUUUUUUCUUCUUCUUUUCUGCUUGGGUAGCCAGUCAGGAACCUGGAUUUGCUUAAUCUUGCCACCUCGAAGAACAAGUUGUGUGAUAAUAAUUGGCAUUAUUACAUGGUAUAAACCCAGUAGGUCAAUAAGUAUAGGUGUAUGUAGAUUUUUGUUUCUACCACUACCAGUUUGAGCAGUUUUUUUUAUCUUUCUUUUUUUCAAGGCUUUCACCACAGAUUUUGAGGUGCACUGGGGACAGCAUCCUCUUCGCCCUGAACUUGUAGAAAGUACUUACUUCCUUUAUGAGGUGAGCUAUUUAUGCGUAAGUGUUAGUCAAAGUUAAUAACCAGUUGAAGAAGUAAAGAAAAGGUGUAAAAUAUCAGAGGGUUUCGUUGGGCAUCUUUUGAUUUUUGUCAUGUCUUAAUUCUCUCACAAGAAAUGAAUAAGUAAAUGGACCAUGUAAUGGUUAAGGUUAAAAAAGUUUUCAUUUUCCCACAAACCCAAAAGGGGAUUGUUGGGAUCCUGAGUGCAGCUACGAUUAAUUGAUAAUGUGUAACUAAUACGUAUCAAUUAAUUUAAAUUUCUUGUCUCAUAUCAGACGUAGAUGUUUAUUUAAACAUAAUUCAUUUCAAUUAAAUAUAUUCUCCAAAAUCUCAUUACUUUGCGUUGUGUGGUGAGGGAAUUAUACUCAGUAAGAUAUUUUGUCUUUUUCAGGCCACAGGUGACCCAUAUUAUCUUGAGGUUGGUAAGAAUAUAGUGGAAAAGAUCAACGAACAUGCCAGGGUCCCCUGUGGUUUUGCUGCUCUUAGAGACGUUAGGACACUUAGUCAUGAAGACAGGUAUAUCCGUUAAUAAAUACUUCUUUUCCUCUAAGAGAUGUUAUGGUAAUGACUUAGUGCAGGCACUUAUUAGAAGUCACAUAAAAUUUGCCUUAAAGUAAGAAGAUGGAAACAAGUUCACUGACGGUGGCAUUUUUAUUGCAAAAUGUGCAUCAUUUACACAAAUGCUGUUUUAUAUGUAUUAUAUAUAUAUUUCUAAAUUAAACUUUUAAAAGAAGGCAGUAUGGCUGAGUGGCUAGAGUGCUUGAGUUUAAGUCUCGCCCUGAAUUAUUUUGGGACUUUGAUUGCUGGCCACUUACAUGUAAUAGACAGUGGCUGCUCAAUAGAGGUUCAGUUCUGUUAUGUGUUCCUUAAUGAAUCACAACCCUGUUAUGAGUUUACCAAUGUUAGUGAAUUACUGGACUUUAUGAUGAUGAAUUUCCCCAUCAAAAUCUCUUUAUUUUGCUUCCUUUCAGGAUGGAUUCAUUUGUCCUUGCAGAGACAUUUAAGUAUUUAUAUCUUCUGUUUACCGAAAAGGAAGACUUGGUAUUUAACUUAAACCAGUUUGUUUUCACCACGGAGGCUCAUAUUCUCCCUCUCAGCUUGUCCACCAUGGCUGUGAAUGAAUCUGCCUCACAAGUAAGACACCUCAUUUAAUAAUUAUCAUAAUGAUAAUGAUGAUGAUAAUAAUAAUAAACUUGAAAUUUACUUAAAAAUGUACAUGUAAAUAACUGGAGGAUAUUGAUUGAUACUGCCUUUCUUUAGAAUUACUUCAACCUGUUUGUCAUCCACCAUCUGUUUUGUACACAGGAACUGAAAUACAAUGUGACCUUGAGUUCAGAAAAUGAGCAUGAGUAUACCUGUCCUAUAACUCAACACGAUCAAGGCUCAACUGCAAAGUUUGCAGAGGAGGUGCGACGAAACAGCCGAGCUCAAAGAGAAGGAAGCUGCCCCAACAAAAAGCAAGCUUUUGCGUUUAGCAAUAACAAGUGAGUUAAGUUUUGUAAUUUUCCUUUAAAUUGAAGCUGAAGACAGUUUCAACUUGUCAUGUGGUAAAAUAAAGAAAUGUGAUCACAGUGUAGUAUCCUUCAGCAAAAGAGCUGUUGAACCAUGAACCAAUGUAUUUGUGUAUGAUCACACCAUGUACAGGAUUUCAACCACAGGCUCUCUGUACAUUAUGUAGCAUUUUGAUUUAUACUGAAGGAACGGACCUCUCUUUGUGGGAGACAGUGUGCGAGGGAUUAGAGCGGUGGAAUUGCAAUUCGGAGACUGCAAGUUCAAUCCCUAUCCUAACUGCUUAGCUGAAUUUGGGAUGAUGCUUGAUAUACGAAGUCAAAAUAUACACUAUUGUGUUGUUCUAGUGUGUGAAGUUUAUUGUGUUAUUGUGUAAGGGCUAGGGAUCAUUGUUGUGUUCUUUGUGACAUAACUCAAGACUUGCUAUUCACUUGGUAUAUGGUGCACUAGUUUGUUCUCUGUAGUCCUGACUUCAAAUCCUUAGUCAGGCUUGUUAAAAGCCAACUGGUUUGCCUCCGGCCAGUUGGGAUUCUUAACGUUAUGUUAAUGUCAAAGCUUUGUUUCUGUCCUUAUGUGUGGACUGCAAUAAAAACAGCUGGCUCAUCAGUAAUUAUGCUACCCCUAUAGGCAACUCUUUGUUUACAAUUUUUGCCUCAUUAACAUAUGCUUUUCAUUAUCUGAGUAAGUUAAUGAAAUAAAACUUCUGAUUAUUAAAAGAGCAUAACAAUUUCAGUUAUCUCUGAAAAUUUUUGCCCGAUAUACCGAAUGGCCUCAGAGAAAUUCUCUUUUAAAAACUCGAAAUUUUACAAAGAAUGUAUCGCUCACUAAUUUUUUGCCACACAGCAAUCUCGUAGUUUUUGAUGGCUGAUAUUUCUUCAAUAUUGCUUGCAAAGAGCUGAAAAUUGCACAAAUUACUCAAGUUAAUCAACUCUUUCAACUUUUGAAUUUAGUUUGUAUAUAUGGGUACGACUUCCAUGAGUUAGGUUGUAUGCUAAUGAGGAAAAAUGUAGACAAUGGCGUCCAAUAUACACCUUACUCAAAAAUAGCAGCAACACUACCUUUUUUAUCAGGGGCACCCAACGAGGAUAUAGUUCAAAACCACUUAACAUAGCAUUGUUGAACGUAUUUUAGUAUUUAAACGGUAGAUAUAGGCAUAUUUUUAUCCCCUAAAACUUUUCAUCUGUUCGGAUUUCCUAGCUGAAAGUCUAGUGAUCCGAAAAUUAUAGGGAUAAAAACUCACCUUCUCGAAAAUUUCAGCCAGGAAAAGGCUCCCGAAAAUUCUAGGUGACCUUUUUUAAGGUCAAAAUCCGUUAAAAAUGGGUAAUUAUACCAUUUUGUAGAUGUUGGAAAAUCUUAGGAGAGGCAGGCAAGCAAGAAAUUUUACAACAAAUGCUCCGAAAAUUCUAGAUCUCAAAUCGUCUUCCGAACAGAUAUUUUCCCGAAAAUUGCCGUUGGGUGCCCCUGUUUUAUAUUUAUGUUAGUUAUGCCUCCUUGCCUUGAUUGUACUUGCAGAAUUCAAAUGAAAUUUUACCUUAAACCGAGGUAUCAAUGACCAAUGACCAUGUAGGCAAUGGAUUAACAAGAUUUGAUGCCAUUUUGGAAUUAGGUGUAGAUUGUCCUUUUUUCAGGAGUUUGUCAAUAGCGUACAGAUGUAAACCUAAGAACUCGUUACAUAACAGGUAUCUUCAAGUAAAUUCAAAGAGGUAUCUGGGGUAAGGAGAGGGGUGCCUAGACAACCUCCCCUCCCAUCCAUCUACCGUGUAGGUCCCCCCUUGAUGUGAAUCUGCUAUUUCUCAGGCCUCCCCGGUUGAGAGCUGAGCAGUUUGUACCUGGUAAUCAGCAUCAUGUAAUGAUUCUCAAGUCCAUGGGAAUCACUGUAGUUCAUACAAAGGAUGGUAGAAUACAGCUCAUGCAAACGGCUUCAUCGGUAAGAAUUUAAAAAUGUCCUAAUACAGACACCUCGGUUAAACGGGCACUUAGAUUUGGUGCCUGCCUUUCUUUACUCCCUUUAAAAUCUGUUCAGUUAACUUACAGUUUUUUGCUUUAUCAAGUUAAAGCACUCCCGCUUAUUUACAAACCCUUUCACUUCCAACAGAGGCUAAAGAAAAAUUAAACUUUCUUUCUGUUAAAUCCUAAGAAAUUAAUAGUAGUUCUUUGCAAAAGUUUUGCCAAAAAAGUUCUAUCUGAAUACUUACAACAUAGGAUUUUGUUUAUAACUUACAGUUUAACCAAAACCAAUAGAAAAUCAAAAUCAGAAGUCCUUAAGUACCAAUUUUGGGUCGUUACUUAUACAGUCGUAUUUUGUGCUCUUCUUGGGCCAAAACGCUUCAUAGCUUCAUCGCAAUCUGAAAUACACAGGCUGUUAAAAUUUGUUGCCAGAUUCAACGAUGAGCAAUACAUGUAUCUUUAGUAGGGAUAUUGUUCCUAUCUGCUUGAACAAAAUUUGAGCCAAACAUGACAAAAUAUUCUCAACAAAUGAACUCAACAGAUUUUGGCCUGCGCCCACUGUAUGGGUCUUCAUGGCUCAGUUGGUCGAGCACUGCAGCGCUAACACAUAGGCCAUGGGUUCGAAUCUCGUUGAAGUCCCUAAAUUUUGGGGGGAUUAAUUUGCAAAUGCCUAAAUUGUAAUUACGACUGCGACGAUCAUAUCUUCAUUUAAGAAAAUAUUUAUUGUACAAUUCAUUGUAGGCCGUCAGUGAUGUAGCAAACGAAAGACGGUACACCGUUUUUAUUGUAAGUUUAAUAUUUUGAACGAGCUAAUCAUAACACAUUACUCUUCAAAAAUAAAACAAAAUAUAAACAGGGUUCAUAAAAUUUAAUCUAAAUGUGUCAUCAACUUGUUCAGCCUAAACUAACUUUUACUCUUCAACAUGCAAUGUUUUCAGUCAAAGUCAGACAAAAAUUGCCCAGUGAACUCAUGUUUGCCUUCUGUGCAACUUAGGGUACCUUGUUGUUUCUUUUGUCAUUGCUAGGCUCAAUCGCAAGAUUAUGCAGAAGAAGGCAUCAAGUUUAUGCAAGAGAUGAUCGAGUUGGCGAAACGACGGAAUGAUGAAUCAGGUAUAAUGUUAUUUUUGUGAAUAUUAAUCGGAGUAAAGCAGGGUGCAAAGAAAGUCAGUUUUACGGCUUGCCAUCCGGGCAAGUUGUCGCUAGUAUGUAGUAGCCCAAGAGUCUUUUUAACUAGCCCCCAAAAUUUUUUGAUGGGCAGCAUUGAUUGCAGUUCUUCGUAAUUUGAAUUUCUUAAAAUUUAACUUCACUUGCCCUUCCGGCAAGUUAAGAACAGAAUUCAGCAGCCCGAUUGCAAAAUCCACUAGCCCCAGGCUAUCGGACACGACUUUCUUUGCACAAUGGUAAAGAAGUAUAUGUAUUGAACAGUCAAAUGAAGAAAAAGUGGGUAAUCAAGUCACGACUAGUUAUGGAUUUACUUCCGAUUUGCCGUGGAAGUUGGGGGAGAUUUUUCAGUCAAUCCAAACCAAACGCAACAACUCAACAGAAGCCAAUCAUUACUGUUAUAAGCGGAUUUGACAUGGAAUUGAGGCAAAAUUGUUACUACAUUGUUUUGACCGGUCAACACUUAUUUCCAUCCGCCAAACUGACGUUGACAGAUUAAUGAUUCGUACACAAAGUAAGGGUUAGGGUUAGGGUUCUUGCAAUGUAUAUUCAAAUCAAACCAUUCAAUGUCAGCAAAUCCUCGGUGGCCUGUUAGGGGUUAAAGUGAUGCACUGCAGAGCCGAUGCUCCGAGAUCGAAUUUUACUCGUGCCAUUGAAGAGACCUAGACUUUUGUGAACCGAAAUUUCAAGAGACAGAGAAAUUUCAUGUACGAAAAGUGAAAUGUCUUGUGAGAGCCACGGAGGGGAAAAUGUCAGUUUGGCGGAUGGGAACAAGUGACGACCGUUUUGACCUGCUGGCCUCGUUUCUUGCCCUCUCAGACAAAAGUAUCGUUGUGGUUCAUAAAAAGUAUGUCGCACUUUUAUUGCCAUUGAACAGUUUUCAUUAGUUGGCUUGAUUUGUUUGCAAACGCAGCUUUGACAAUAUUUGAACUUAAGUUUGAUACAAUUAUGUACUAAAAAUGAUCAUUGUUGUAGCUCCUCAAGAAAGCCCUCGCGUGGUUCAGCUUAUGUCUGCCCCGUACAAUGGAGAUGUGGUCCUUGUUGCCUGCCCUGCACGAUUUGGUUUGGAUCUGAGCAAAGGAGAUGUGGGGGUGAGUCACAAUAUACAGCAUUUUAGGAGAUUUACAAAUCUUUCGCAAUGCCCUUAGAAUUUUUUGAAACAAACUAUUCGUCAUCUCAUAAAUAAUUAGCUGUUCAUGUUAGAGGUGACCUGGAAGGCGAACUAAGACGUACAUUUUUGAAAGUGGAAAAAGAGAUCUUCCCGAAUUCGUGUAGUCGUAAUUCUUUUAGAGACCAAAGUAAUUAAUGUUUUAUCAGUUAUAUCAGUAAGAAAGAAACAAGCUGUCCACUUCAGAGAAAUAAGCUUCCUCAAUUUUUUUACUCUUGGCGUUUCAAACAAGUAAGUAAUUACUCUCUUUCGGAGGUGAUCAAGGAUCUUCAAGUUUUGACGUAUAAGUGUUUUUGUAUAAAAAAGGCCUUUCUUAUGAUCAUUCCAUAUAUACAAGCCAUGAAAUGAUGUUUGUCUUUUUGUUUUUCAGAUGAGUGCUGAAGUAAGCAUGGGCGAACCUUUCAAGGCAUGUUCUCCUCUCACUAAUGGCGAGGAGCUGAAGCACAGAAUUGCUGUGUUAGAAAGGGGCGAUUGCAUGUUCAUUGACAAGGCACGUACAUGGUAUUAAUAUUAAUAUGCGUCGGUUCCUCAGAAUGAUGGAUGUUGUCGAUUGGUGUAAGGGAGCUGGUCAGACCAUUUCGAACGUGGUCAUUUUAUUCUUGACUUUUUAAAAGUGGUCUACCUCAGCUAUAUCCCUUCUGUUUAAAUUGUUAAAGCCUGUUGGCUCAAGAAGGCGCUCCUCAGUAUCUUUCUCUUGCUCAAGACUUUUAAAUCUAAGUAGCUCUGUGAAUUUUGCUUAUCAGCACGAUAUGUUAAGAUAUUGUUAAAAUAAUUUCUGUUGCGAUAAAUUGAUGCUUAUAAAGUAGAAGAUACCGGCACAUAAAUAGACACCAUUAGAUUUGAAGACGAAGAAGACCACAAGGACGAGAUUAAACUUAAUUUUUUUCACGUAUUCUCAAGAAAUAUACACCUGGAAGCUUCAUUGUAAUAGCACGUUUUUAUUUUUGGUGUAGGAGGCGGGGCUGGACACUAACGGUAGCCAAUUAGCCACAGACUAGUAGAAAUUCAGUUCAACUAACAGGUGUUCGAUUUCCACUAGCCACUUUGGCUAGUAAACAAAAUGAAAUUGACCGACCUACGUCUUUCUCAAGGAAGACGUCUCCGCAGGGGCGGAUCUAGGAGGAGGGUGCAGGGGGUGCCCCCCCCCCCCUCCUGAGAUGACCUGCGGUUUUCUAAUACAACUGGUAUUCUGCAAAAAAAAAAAACUAUGUGGUUUAUUGGUGUUGAAGUAGAGCAAGAGAAGAGUACACCCCCUCCUAAAAAAAAAUCCUGGAUCCGCCCCUGCUCCGAAUAACAUUUGAUAACUUGUUUCCGUCACUACGUGGUUCUUGCCAAAACCCAUCCUCGUAGAAUGUCGACAGCUAUUACUUUUUCCAGCCAAAAUGACAGACUUACGCAAGUACACUAUUAAGUCCUUAUAGCUGGUUCACGCGCGCGCACUACUUAGUAUUGAGAAAAUCUUGUUCUCAUAGUCGUCCUCGUCUUAGAAUGUAAAGAUCUCUAAUGACCACUUGCAAGGUAAAGAUUGCGGUAACCAUGCAGGCUUACGUCGCGCCAACAGCCUUCCAAGGUGGACUAACUGUACUCGUAAUUGCUCCAUGCAGCCGAAGUAGUCUUUUUGUACUUUUACCCCUCCUCUCGAGGCUCGGUACUUUUCUGAGUAAUUGUUCAUUGUUUUUGUUUCGUUAACAGACUCGUCACGCUCAAGCCGCGGGUGCAGUAGGGGUCGUCAUCAUCGGUAAGAGUGAAUGACAACUUUAACGUUGAGUUGCCCAAAAAUCAUGCUUUCUUACUGCGUUUUUGUUGUCUCUUGUUAUCCCGUGUAUUACCGUGAUAUAAAUGUUUUAUCAUAACAAAUUCGGUCAAAACUUAAGAAAAAUAUUUGAUUGGAAUGUGUUUCUUUUGUUAACCGACGUAACUGUGCGCCUUGCGUUAAUAAUCUUGCCUCUCAGUUCUUGAGGCACUGCUUGGCGAAAUGCCCCCUUAUUUGCUAGCGCUCUACAUCAGUUACUUUUUUUCUGUAUUUCAUAAUUUCUUGCUUGCUUUUGUACAAAUUUGAAUUGACCAGACAAGCGCGAUUUUUCCUUUACGUCCUGUCGCGUCCCGUCGUCCUAACAUUUCCAAGUUACCCCAAGCCUCUGUUUUAAAACGAGGCUAAGUGUGAGGCUUUCGAUGUAAAAUUGAUUGUUAUUCUCAUGCAAAUGAAGCUCAUUCUGAGACCUUGGAAAUGACCUUUAAACCAGUUGUUCUAUUACGACAACAGACCAACUAAUGCUGCGGAUUUGGUUUGAAUUUAUUGCAAACGAAAAAGGGUCCCGCGUUAGAAAUUGUUUCCUCGUUUCUUUUGAUGCCUGUAUGGUUUCUUCUCGCGUGUGCCCUGUAUGUGCUGGUAUCCAUGCAGCUUGAACAUUUAUCAUGUUCUAACUUUCGGUGUGUGUGUGUGUGUGUGUGUUUUUUUUGCGUGUAGAUAACAAUGAAGGCAGCUCUAGUGAUACACAACCAAUCUUUGCCAUGUCCAAUGAUGAAGACAACAAAGACGAUGUUAAAAUACCAGCCGUACUUUUGUUCAGUGAAGAGGGUCGCAUUCUAAAGAACGCCAUGGCUGCCCUAGACGAUACUGAUAAUCGCCUUACAGUGCGAUUAGCUACUAAAGCUUCUGGAAAGUCAGGUUUGUCAGCUCUUGUCUCGUAUUUCCAUUAAACCCCACCUGGAAGCUCUAAAGAUCUAAGGUUUAAUUGCCACCUUAAGAUCCGACGACGGCGACAGCAACGAGAACGUGAAAAAAGCAAUAGGUUUAGACUAGCAAAACAACAACUUUGCAGGUGCAACACACUUUUUUUGUACAUUCCUUUACCGUCACUGCACGACUAACGACGUUUUAUGAAGGACGUAAACAAGCCACUACGAAAUUUUCUUUCUCUUUCUGAACUUGGAUAUGGUUUUUAGGAAUUCAACUCCAGGAGACUUCGCCUACAUUUGACAAAGUAAGUGAGUUGGAACAAUCGCGAUGAAGAUUGAAAGAACGCGAAUUUACUUCUUAAGCGAUCUUUUCGCUGCCGUCGCCGUCCUCGAAUCUUAAGGUUCCUAAUUUCGUUUGUAAGGGCGCCAUUUUGGUAACUUGUCCACAGCGUUCCAAGUGCUAGGGAAAAAGGGCUGCCUUUUACCUUUCGUUUUGCCCGUUUGGCUUUCUUAUUUUUGAGAUAUCUUGUAUUGAAUCCUAAACAUUAGUACCGCAAAGUACUUCUCGUUAGCUUUUGCUUUGAUACUGGUGUUCAUCUGUCAAAUGUUUGAACAAGGGCCAUAAUGGCUCUUGGUUAGAAACGUUGUCAUUUGUAGCUGUGAGACUUUUUUUUUAUAUUUUGCUCACAGACAAACAAGAGGAGUCAGCAAGCAAACACGACCCAGAAUCAAGUCAGGACUCUAUUAAUUCAUCCAGUAGUCAGCCGUCUGGUGAAGGAAAAGUCACGCCAUCAGUAGAUGAAAACAAAGACAUACUCAGCCAUGAUGGCGCAGAUCAAAGCCAGAGCUCGCUCGACGAGCAAAAACAAACGAAGUCACCGGAUAAUGGUGACGAAGAUAUAGCUUCGAUUACAACAAGUGGAAAAGUCGAUGACUCCGCGGAUCUUCCUCACGAUAAACGCGUUAUCUCUGUUGGUGAGGGUGAGUAUGUGUUAUGUGGUAACACAGGAACACCAGGAAGUGUUUCAGAAAAACCAGUUAAUGACCAGCAACAACAUAAUAGUCAACAUACUGAUGACUUAUCUAAGCAAGCUGAUACUUCGAGUAGCGUAACGGACGCUCCUAAAGUGAAUAAACCUCAUGAGGACUCAUCGUGUGACCAAGACUCGUCACGUGAUGAAAGCUUAUUGCGUGAUCACGUUUUACCGCGUGAUAAAGCAAAUGGUGAAUCUACAAGAACUGACAAUAGUAACUCGAAUCAGUUGCCAAGCGAUCCGUCUUUAGUGAAUGAACAGCAUGCACAGAGCUCAGAUCAAACCAGUGUUGAAUCAUUAGAGGAAACACAAAUUGAAGAUGCUAAAGACAGGACAUGAAUUAUAGGAAACUUACUAAGAAAUUAUUUAACCUCAGUUUCAUUUGUCGAAACUUUAAUCACAACUACCAGUGUCCUUCACCUUUCCUCCUAGCCGUCAUGUUGUCGGGGAUGGAAGUAAUAUUUAUCGUCUAGACUGUGAACAUUUCCUCAGGAUUGUCGCGCGGGUAAGGAUGCACGUGCGAGCGAGCUAGCGUCGAAAACGCGCGAAUCUCUUUUCGUUUUCUACUACUCGCGUUUGCCUCGCUCGCGUGCACGUGCAUCCUUCCCCGCGCGAUAAUCCUGAGGAACUGCUAGCAGUAAAAUUUUUGUCCUUUUACUCAAUCGAAUGUUGUUCAAUUUAAAGUGGAAAGAAACACGAAUAAGGACGUGGUCAUAAAUUUGUCUGGUAGUUGUGGCCAAAGUCCAUGACAUGAAAUUUAUGAACUCUUUACGUGUAUGAUGACCUCUUAAAACCUAGUAGUCCUAUCAGCAUUUUUAAAACGUGCCUACACUGUUGACCACUGGCAAUUCCCGAUAGGAGCGUAACCUGAUAGCUAGUCACCAGGGAGCUUUGGUAAUCAUAACAGCGGAGGCAGCGAAAAGAACAAAAAAAAAAUUGAAAAAGAAAAUUGCAAAUCAAUUAUUUUGUCAAACGAAGUCAGUCUCCUGGACUUUAAUUCUUGGGAUCCUCACCCAUGUUCAUAAAGGGGGGGAGUCGUCGACGUUUGUUUACGUCCCUGACAAAAUGUGGCAUAGUCGUGUAGUGAGUAGUAGAUUAAUGUACCAAGAGGUAUAUGAUCCACAUAAUGAGUGUUUGUUUUGCCUUUUUAAAAACCUAUGGCUAUUUUGACAUCCUCAUUUCCUUUACCGCUGUCGUUGCUAAAGUUCCCCAUUAUCUGUGCUGCGUUUAAGUAAGAUAAGUACUCAAGACGUGGACGUCAUAGAUACAUACAACUCAUUAUCGUUUUUGUUGGGUUGUGUUUAGACAUACAAGCAUUCAUUCUCUCGACUGAAUACGUCAUGAUACACAGAAAAAGCUUCAUAAUUGGGAUGGAAAAAUAGGGUGGGGAAGGGAGGGGAGGGAGGGUUAGAACUGUUACUUUUAUGCUGGAUAACAAGAGUGCAAUAUACGUUAGUUUUUAGGCGUGUAUGCUUGACAGGGUUGAAUUUUUUUUAGGUAGCUAUAAAUUGUUAAAGUAAUUUUGCCUUAAGGUUGAGAUGAAUUUCUACCCAUUUUGUUGGAAUACUUGGAAGAAUAUGUUUUGGUUCAAUUUUGUCCCUGGUUUAAUUUUUUCUUUUGUUUCAAAAUCAUUAUCAUAUAUCACCAAUAAAAUUUAAACAAGGAUGAAAUUUGAACCACAACAGAUACAUAUCCCAUCACCUACUGGCUUUGCUUAUCAAUUAAAAAGAUUU